UUCAGGGAGAAGAAAAGAGGUUUGAGAAGUGAGAUUAUGGGAAGAAAAAUCGAUCACCAAAACCAUCAGCCACAAUUCCCAGGGAGACAUCCAGGUUGCAUGUGGGGAAUACUUCAUGUCCUCAAGUACCAACGUUGGCGUUACAUCAAGAAGCGCCUUCCUCAUCGAAGACCCUCUUCCACUCCGCAAGACGACGAUCAUCAACACCCUAUCGGGUUUCAUGGCGGCGAAGGAGGUUACCACGACAAUUAUGGUUGGAAAGGAAGUGGUGAAACUCAAACGCAAUCGGACAAUGCUCGCGUUAAUCAAUGCCCGGUUGGCGACGAGAAAACAACCAAAUCAAAUUCCUCGACGAAGAGUUCGAUCAGAUCGAGAUUGAAAUCGCUCAUAUCCGACGAGCUUUAUCGAAAGAAAGACAGCCAGCAUCGCAGAAGUUAUACAUGUCCUAUUGGAGAACAACAGCAGCAACACCAACACCACCACCAACAACAACAACAUGUUACAUUUCAUCCUCAAGCUCAUGUAGAAACAGAGAAACCACUGCCACCAUUACCACCACCAGCAGUUGAUGUAACGAAUCACGAAGACGACGACGAGAUCGAUACCCGUGAUGUUCGAGAAAGCAAGUCGUCGAUUCCUCCUCGCGAAGAGACGAGAUUCGACGAGGAUGGUUUCAGGAGCAAGGAAAUCUCGAAUGCUCUGGACAUGGCAGUCAUGAACAAGGAGUUUCUAGCUACGAUUUUGCAGGACCGGCAUUCUCAUUUGGCUCCUCGAUCCACUGCUCGAAGGAACCGGUACUACAAGUCGAUGUCGUUCCCUUCCACCUCGCUCGAUUCUGCUUCGCUGAAAGAACCCCCGCAGAAGCAACAGGGUGCGGGGAAAUCGAACGAGGCCGACAGAGUUGCUCCGCGACGACAACAACGAUUGGAAAGUCACCUACUCGACUCGAGAUCUUAUGCGCGCUCGCGCUCGAUGUCGACCAUCACCGCCGAGAACAGGGCAGACGGGAUCUCGCAAUUGAUCAAGGGUCGAGGUGGCGGCAGCACCAGAAACAAGACGGCGAUGAGGUGCCUGAAGGACCUCAAAAAGAAAAUCAGACAUGUGAUCACCAUGGAAGCUGUUCUUCACAGAAUCCCUCGAGGUGGUGGAAUGUCCUCUGCCUCUUCCUCUGCCUCUGCCUCUGCCUCUGCGAAACAGCAAUCGUCGUCACCAACGAAUAAAAAAGAAGGCGGGAAGGAGAAUGUGGUGGUGAUGAUGAGUCCAAGGAAGAGCUAUGAAGGUGACUGCUGCAAAUACCUUCUAGCCAGCAAGAGUGAGAAUCAGAGGUUGAAGAGAACUUCCUCGCUCUGCGAAUCCUUGGACAAGUAUUGUCAGUUGUACGAUUCUACGUUCAACAGAGGUCCUCAGCGCGUGACUGUGAAGCAGAAAACAGAGGACUCGUCGUCGUCGCCGUCGAUUUCGCUUCCCGUGGUGGAGGAAUCGGGUGCGAAAGAAGAUGAAUCGACGAGUCCUGAUGAUCAAACACAAGCAUUAGUUGAGCCUGGUGUUGAAAUGACAUGUGAUGAUAAUGUGGUUUCAUCAACUCUGGCUCCUGAUGAGUUGAUUGUGAUGGAAGAGGAAGAGGAAGAGGGAAAGGGAAAGGAGGAAGAACAUAGAACUCCAGUGUGUGAGUUAUCAGUUGAGGAAUCAAACAAGGAUCUAGUUGAUGAACCAAUGUUUGUUAUAGAGGAGGAUGAAGCCUCAAUCUCUGAGGAAGAAGCAAUUAGCUCUCCUCCAACCUUCUCCACUUUCAAAGAUUCAGAGCAAAUCUUGAGGAAUCUCAUUGCCAACAAGCUCAACUUCCUGGAAGACCAGAGAGCGAAAUCCAUCAUCGACGAGAUCAUAGUAGCCGAAGAAGAAAUCGACGAGAAGAACGAAUUUCAGUCGAAGAACAGCGAUCGAGAAGAUCACGACGAGGCUGUCGCGUUCAGAGUAGACCCGAACGAAAAGCAGAAGUUCGACUACGUGAAGGGAAUCCUCGACAUAUCGGGUUUCAGCAGGAAGGAGCUCUUGGGAACAUGGCACUCCAACGAUCAACCGGUGGAUCCAGCAGUGUUCGAGGAGGCUGGACUGGACAGCAACUGCUACCACCAUCACUUGGCAAUGUUCGAUCUCAUCAAUGAAGUUCUGAUGGAGAUUUAUGCAAAGUCUCAUACCUAUUGCCCCAAGCCAUUGUCAUGGUUGUCACAAAUCAGGCCAAUGCCAGUUGGGUCUCAUGUGCUGAAGGAGGUUUGGGGGAAUGUGAAGUGGAGUUUGAGCUCACUGCCAGAUGAGAGUGAGCAUUUGCUGGAUUAUUUGGUUGGCAGGGAUUUGGGGAAGAGUGAUGGAUGGAUGAACUUGCAGUUUGAUUGUGAGUGUGUAGGGCUUGAGUUAGAAGACUGGAUUUUUGAUGAUCUUUUGGAUGAACUUGCUUUUGAGGAUGAUCCCAGAGGUUUUGCUUUUCGAUAAUCAAUA